GUAGAGCCCAGAACGCGAGCGGAGCCGAAGCGGUCAACUUUCUGCUUUUCUCCUGCGCCCGGCGGAGUUUCGACCGGGGAGGCGGAGGUCUUUGUGCCCACCAUGGGAGCGUGCCUGGGGGUCUGCUCUUUGCUGAGCUGCGUGUCCUGUCUUUGUGGCUCAGCUCCUUGCCUCUUGUGUGGCUGCUGCCCCUCCACAAAGAGCUCUACCAUCUCACGCCUGGCGUUCACCUUGUUCCUGUUCCUGGGCACGUUGGUAUCGGUCAUCAUGAUCAUCCCUGGAGUAGAGGCAGAACUUCACAAGCUUCCUGGGUUCUGCGAAGAAGGCAACAGUAUUCUAGGUGCCCAAGGCAAAGUCAACUGCAAGUCCUUCCUCGGGCACAAAUCGGUAUACCGCAUGUGCUUUGCAACUGCUGCUUUCUACUUCCUGUUUGCCUUAAUGAUGAUCUGUGUAAGGAGCAGCAAAGACCCGAGAGCUUCGAUACAGAAUGGGUUUUGGUUCUUCAAGUUCCUAAUACUGAUUGGAAUAACAGUGGGGGCCUUCUAUAUUCCUGAUGGAUCAUUCACAUCUGUUUGGUUCUACUUUGGUGUGGUGGGCUCUUUCCUCUUCAUCCUCAUCCAGCUCAUCCUGUUGAUUGACUUCGCGCAUUCCUGGAGUCAGAUUUGGCUGCACAACGCAGAUGAAGGCAACAGCAAGUCCUGGUAUGCAGCCCUCUUCUUCUUCACCUUCCUCUUCUACGCGGUCUCCAUCGCUGCUGUGGUGCUGCUUUACGUGUAUUACACCAAACCGGAUGGCUGUGCAGAGAACAAGGCGCUCAUCAGCGUUAACCUCAUCCUCUGCGUGGUUGUGUCUGUGGUGUCCAUCCUGCCCAAGGUCCAGGACGCUCAGCCUCACUCCGGCCUGCUGCAGGCCUCCAUCAUUACGCUCUACACCAUGUUUGUCACCUGGUCAGCCUUGGCAAACGUACCAAACAAGUACUGCAACCCAACUCUGCUGGUCCUGAAGGAGGACAACAGCACCACUGUGGACAACAACACCAUCCCACCACAGCCGACUCAGUGGUGGGAUGCCCCAAGCAUUGUCGGAUUAGUCAUCUUCGUCCUGUGUACGCUCUUCAUAAGCAUCCGGUCCUCUGACCAUGCCCAAGUAAACAAGAUGAUGCUGACAGAGGAGAGCCCAGCAAUGCUUGGGGGUGGUAACUCUAGCCCUGAAGAUGGGGCGCACCGGGCUUACGACAAUGAAGAGGAUGGUGUGACUUACAACUACACCUUCUUCCAUAUCUGCCUCUUUCUGGCCUCCCUCUACAUCAUGAUGACUCUCACCAACUGGUACAGACCUGACCAACAACAUCAGAACUUCACCAGCCCUUGGACCGCGGUUUGGGUGAAGAUCUCUUCCAGUUGGGUUGGGCUUCUCCUUUACUCAUGGACUCUGGUUGCUCCCCUUGUGCUUCCGGACCGCGAUUUCAGCUGAAAGAUCCAGGCAGCACCGCGCCACUCAGAACGUGCAAGCAAAAAAAGAAAAAGAAAAAAGAAGAAGGAUUUGUUGCCAUGGAAGAAUAGAUAAAAGGAAUCUUGUUCCUUAAACUUGGGAUGUGAGCGCUGGUCCCUGUGGAUCCCAAAGCUGUCAACUAUUGGAUUUCUUUUUUCUUUUGCCUUUUUUGCUCUUUUGCAUUCAGAUAGCUCUUCCACACUUGUGCCUUUCUCUGUUCUUUUUUAUUAUUUCUAAGGAAAGUGUUAAAAUGAAGUGGUCCAAUUCUGUGUGGGAUUCUUGAUGCAUAGGACAAAAUGAUUGAUGGGUGGUAGGGGACACACAGGUUUGCUUACCAGUGCUAAUGACCUCUAAGCCAAUUGUGAAAUAUCUGAGCAGCCUAAAAGACUGCUAACUGUCAUUUUUCUAAAGAAUGCUCAGCAUAAGAAUGUUUUUUUUAAAAAAAAAUAUAGCUGUUUAAAAACUUUUUACAGUUUGCCUUGUUACAAGAAGCCUUUUAGAUUAAUCUCAGAUCAUUUUGAUAUGGAACUCGAUGUAACUGGGGGAAAUUAAAUAAAUGGACAGAUUCUGAGUGUAAGGAAA